UUUCCCUUCCGUGCGUGUUACGGAGGGGGGGCCGACGGCCCUGGCCCGGAACCAUGGCCCUGUUCCCGGCCUUUGCGGGCGUUAGUGCGGCCCCUGAGUCCUCUGCAGGUGGCAGCUCAAGGAAGGAUUUAGACUGGUUGAGCAACCCAAGCUUUUGUACUGGAAGCAUACCAGCCCUACAACAAAAUACUGUGGAGAUUGCAGCCCUAACUUCUGAGAAGGAACUGAUCACAAGGAGCCCUUUGAGACCGGAGCUUUCAGAAGGCAGUGAUACAUACAAAAAGCUUAAACAAGCAAGUAGAAAAAAGAAGAAAGAAAAGAAGAGAAAGAAAAAACACCAGCACCAUAAGAAAACCAAAAAAAAAUAUGAGCAGUCUAGUGACAGUGAAUCGUAUUCAGCUACUGACUCUGAAAAGGAGACAUCUACAGGAGGCAUCAUUGACAGUAAAAAGGAAGUUGAGAAAACAAACAGUCAAGAAAAUAAUGCCAUUGACAAUAGUGGAAGUCGCUUUGUUUGGCUUGAUGACAUUCAGGCUCUGACAACAGAAACCUUCAGAACAGAUAAGAAACCAGAUCCAGCAAACUGGGAGUAUAAAUCUCUUUAUCGUGGGGAUAUAGCAAGGUACAAGAGGAAGGGUAACUCUUGCCUUGGCAUUAACCCAAAAAAACAACGUAUAUCUUGGGAAGGUACCUCCACAGAAAAGAAACAAUUGCAUAAGAAAUUUGAACGCUAUUUUUCUAAGAAAAGCGUGCGUUCAGUUAGCAUUGAUGGAGUUGCUAUUUGUAGCGCAGCUGAAGUAUUCUUACCUGAUCCCAGCCCAUUCAUACCAGUGAAAGACUCUGAUGAUGAAGUUCCACCUUCUACCUCAACUUGGGUCAAUCCUCUGGGAGUUUAUGAUAAAUCUACAACAUUGUGGUUACAAGGACAGGGUCCUUCAGACCAAGAGACAAAGCAGCCUGUGUCUCAGAAGGAUAGUGAAGAUGCUAUUCUAAAAGCUAAAGUAGAGGAAUUUAACAGAAAAGUCCGAGAGAAUCCCAGGGAUAUUCAACUAUGGCUGGAAUUUGUGUCUUUUCAGGAUGAAGUGAUGAAAGGACCCAGCCUAUACACCAUCAGUGAAGGAGAGCAAGAGUCUAGAAGAAAAUCACUGAAGCUAAUUCUGGAAAAGAAAUUGUCCAUUUUAGACCGUGCCAUUGAAAGCAACCAGAACAGUGUGGAACUGAAGCUUGCCAGACUAAAACUCUGUACAGAAUUCUGGGAACCAUCUACUUUGAUUAAGGAAUGGCAGAAACUGAUUUUUUUACACCCCAAUAAUACAGCCCUAUGGCAGAAAUACCUUUUAUUUUGCCAGAGUCAAUUUAGCACCUUUACAGUAUCCAAAAUUCACAAUCUGUAUGGAAAAUGCCUCAGCACCCUGGCAGCAGUACAGGAUGGGAGCAUCUUAUCUCAUCCAGCAUUGCCUGGAACUGAGGAAGCUAUGUUCGCACUCUUUCUUCAGCAGUGUCAUUUUCUGAGACAAGCUGGCCAUACUGAAAAAGCAAUUUCUUUGUUCCAGGCCAUGAUUGACUUUACCUUCUUCAAACCUGACAGUGUGAAAGAUCUCCCUACCAGGGGACAGGUGGAAUUCUUUGAGCCCUUUUGGGAUAGUGGAGAACCUCGGGUUGGAGAAAAGGGAGCAAGAGGCUGGCGAGCCUGGAUGCACCAGCAAGAAAGGGGUGGCUGGGUUGUUGUUAAGCCUGAUGAGGAUGAAGAUGAACCAGAGGAGGAUGACCAAGAAAUAAAGAAUAAGACUCUUCCCAAGUGGCAGAUCUGGCUCAGUGUCGAGCGUUCCCGUGAACAGAGGCACUGGCUGCCCUGGCGCCCUGACAAAACAAAAAAACAGACUGAUGAGGAUUGUGAAGACCCAGAGAGACAGGUGUUAUUUGAUGAUCUAGGGCUGUCUCUCAUAAAACUUUCUAACCCGGAUCUAAAAUUUCAACUGAUUGAUGCGUUUCUACAAUUUUUGGGAGUCCCUUCAGGCUGUAAUCUUCCAACUUCAUGCCUCUAUCUUGCCAUGGAUGAAAAUGGUAUUUUUGAUGAUGGGCUUUCUGAUGAAAAGCCAUUGACUUUUUCCAACCCAUCAUUUUCUGGGGUUAAUUGUGUAGGUCACAUGGACCAAAUGGACAGACAGGGACAGCGGAUGGGUCACUGCAAAGAAGGCGAGGAGUUCAUACAGAAUAUAUUUCAUCUUGUGUUGCCCCUAUUUUCAGGGAAAGAAAAAUCUCAUCUAUGCCUCUCAUGGUUACAGUAUGAAAUUGCCAAGGUCACUUGGUAUCUGCAAACCAAAAACAAGAAGAGACUGAAGACUCAAGGGAAAAAGUGCAAAAAACUGGCCAAGAAUCUCCUCAAGGAACCUGAGAACAGAAACAACUUUUGCCUCUGGAAAGAGUAUGCCCGUCUGGAGUGGUUACUUGGCAACACAGAAGAUGCCAGGAAGGUUUUUGACACAGCUAUUAGCAUGGCUGGGCCACAAGACUUAAGUUCUAGACUCUAUGACUUAAGUCUGCUCUAUGCUGAACUAGAAGUGGAACUCUCAGGGAACAUGGAAGGGUCUGCCACAUCCAGGGCAAUUCAUAUAUUAACUAAACUGACUGAGAAUGGGCCAUAUAUACCGUAUACUGGCCAGGUGUUACCUGUGAACAUUUUGAAAGCCCGAAAAGCCUAUGAGCACACACUUCAGAAGCAUCUGAAUGAAAGUCCAGCCUCUGACCCAUCUCCUGUUAAUUGUUCUGGUUAUCUCAUUAGCUUGGUUGGCUGCUUUAUGCUUUUCCAGUAUUUGACCAUAGGGGUUAAUGCUGCCAUGCAUGUAUAUAAGCAGGUGUUUGACAAACUUAAAGGGGCCAUUUCAUCAGAAUUCACAGGGACAGGUGCAAAUAUUGGAGCCCAAAAUUUGACCAAUACCCUCGAAGCUGUCACACUGAUGCACACGAAUCUACUCAGGUAUCACAUGAAAGUUAGUGUGUUCCCUUUGAAUCCCCUGCGAGAAGCACUUUCAGAGGCGUUAAAAUUGUAUCCGGGCAACCAGGUUCUUUGGAGGUCGUAUGUACAGAUCCAGAACAAGUCCCAUAAUGCUAGCAAGACAAGAAGAUUCUUUGAUGUCAUCAUGAGGUCUGCCGAAUCCCUGGAGCCACGGCUGUUUGCAAUCCAAGCUGAGAAAAUGAGAAAAAGGCUGGUGGAAGCUGUUCUGAGAGUAGAUGCUGGAGAAAUCCAUUCAACAAUUCCUGAAACAGGCUUAUCAAAUCGAAUCAAAGCCUUGUUUGAAAAUGCAAUCCAGAGUGAUAAUGGCAGCAACUGUCCCUUAUUAUGGAGGAUGUAUUUGAAUUUUCUGGUUUCUCUAGGAAACAAAGAAAGAAGCAAAGGUGUGUUUUAUAGAGCCCUUCAGCACUGUCCUUGGGCAAAGGUAUUAUAUAUGGAUGCAGUGGAUUAUUUCCCUGAUCAAAUCCAGGAAAUACUGGAUCUAAUGACCGAGAAGGAAUUAAGAGUUCGGGUGCCGAUAGAAGAGCUAGAGCUUCUCUUGGAAGAUUAAUGACAAAUGGAACAAGAGAGUUGGCGUCUCUAAACUGUCCUGUGAUAGCUUUGGAACACACAAAUUGAGAAACUUAGACUAGGACUGGGAAGCUGCUUUCCUUUUUUUUUUUCCCCCCCAGGACUUAUUGUUUAAAUUUUCAAGGGUUCUAGCCCAGUAAAAUGUAUUUUUAGCAUUCAACAGUCUCUCACAUCCUGCAUAUGUUUAUAUGCCCUUAUUUCCACAGAUACCAGUUAUUUUAAAGGUUAUAUAUGUGAAUAUCAUGUAUAUAAAUAUAUAUAUAUAUAAAUACAAA